AACCUAGUGGGCUUUACCCGGACUGCACCGCAUUGCCGCUGCUGCUGCUGCUGCUGCCAGCCGACCCAGCCCACUAAACUAACGCACCAACAUACAGAGAGCAGAAGGGAGGGAAUCUGCUCUUUUUAGAUGCUGUUAAACACAGCUGGAAACUGGAUGCUGUGUGGAUUGUGUGGCUGGAUAUGCAGCAAUCCCAUCUUCACCUCUCUUUGCCUCUUUCUCUCUGGAUCCGGACUCUGAUUCGCUGUCCUGCUCGCUAAUGUCAACACUUCUUAAACGGGAGUGACUCCGGGAGAUUUGGAGAUUACUGCAUAGCGCAAGACAAGAAAAUUAGGAUAUAAGUUUGUGCACAGCUCACGUCAUGAAUGUAACAGCUUACUUGUAACCGUGAGCUCCCCACUGUGCUGCUUCCAACAUGGGUGUUGACUGAAUGGAGGAGUCUCCCCGCGCUGCAACAGAGAUAUGAAGAUGCACUUAUGAGGAUUAAAACUGCGCUCAAUAAUUCCUGGACCAUGCAGAUUCUGCCACCUAGGACGUUAUUUGUGUUAUUAGCCCAUGCACAUGUUUUAUUAUCUGUGAGAAAUAAUGGUGAAGUACGAGUUAAAGAGGACAGCAACACCAGCACAUACUCUGCAAGGACUUUCCACGGGUCACUCCGGGAGAGUCACCAAAACAAAGCCUGGGAUCGUGCGCUCUCGCCGGGGUACGCCACAGGUGCGUCCUCGGCGGAGAUGCAGGCGCAGCGGGCAAUUAUCCGAGGGGCCCUUAACUCCACUACUCAUCCCUGGAAGAGGGUAAUUGCUGGAGAAACGAGGCGAAUUGGACACAACAAACGCGACUUCACUAGGACUGUGACACCCGUGGAGGAUCCCAACGCUGUCUCACAUUGGGACCCGACGCGCCACCACAAUAAGAGGAUAAAGUUGAAUGGCGGUCUUAGUAGUACGGGGACGCCAGCAGGUGGACACUACAAUGCGGCUAAGCUCUCUUCAAUGGGCCGGGGAGACGAAGGAGGGGGACCCGAGGAGGGCGACAGGCACAAGAGAGGCACAAAAGACGAGCAGAAGAAAGCCACGAAGAGGGGGAGAAACCGGCUGAACAAAAGCUCAGGGGUUUUGGCUCAGCCUCACGCGUCGCCGUGGGAACCCAUCCCCAAGCCGGUGGCCCUCACCUCCACCGACCUGCCCUUUGACCUCUUCACCAGGAGGAACGAGUUCUUCACUUUCAGAGAGGAGAACCCCUGGGACGCCACGCCGAUCACCCCUCCCAGCUCGCACGAUUUCGGGGACGAGAUCAAGAACCCCUUUUACCCGGUGACAAGCGAGACUUAUGGCGCGUACGCGAUCACAUGCGUCUCCGGGGUUAUUUUCUUGGUGGGGAUAGCGGGCAACAUUGCCAUCCUGUGCAUCGUGUGCCAGAACUACUACAUGAAGAGCAUCUCCAACUCACUGCUGGCCAAUUUGGCUGUCUGGGAUUUUGUGCUCAUCUUCUUCUGCUUGCCCAUGGUGGUUUUUCAUGAGCUGACAAAGUCCUGGCUGCUGGGGGAAUUCACCUGCAAAGUGGUGCCCUAUGUGGAGGUGGCCUCCCUCGGUGUGACUACCUUCACCCUGUGCGCUCUGUGCAUCGACCGCUUCCGUGCAGCCACCAAUGUCCAGAUGUACUACGAAAUGAUUGAGAACUGCACCUCCACUACCGCUAAGCUAGCUGUCAUCUGGAUCGGUGCCCUCCUAUUGGCCCUCCCAGAGCUCCUCAUCAGACAGCUGGUGAUAGAGGACACAGGAAUCCCAGAUGAGCCUCCUGUUGAACGCUGUACUAUCAGGAUAUCCACCUCGCUCCCCGACAUGCUCUACGUGCUGGGUCUGACCUACCAGGGCGCUCGACUUUGGUGGUGCUUCGGCUGCUACUUUUGCCUCCCGACCCUCUUCACCAUUGGGUGCUCUUUGGUGACGGCCCGCAAGAUCCGGCGUGCGGAGCAGGCCAGCGUUCGCAGCAACAAGAAGCAGAUCCGGUUGGAGAGCCAGAUGAACUGCACCGUCGUGGCGCUGGCGAUCGUCUACGGUGCGUGCGUGGUGCCCGAGAACAUCUGCAACAUCGUUUCUGCGUACAUGGCGGCCGGUGUUCCUGAGCACACCAUGUCUGUCCUCCAUCUUCUCUCCCAGCUGCUGCUCUUCUGUCGGGCCGCUGUGACGCCGGCGCUGCUGCUGCUCCUGUGUCGCCCGCUGGGCAGGGCCUUCCUGGACUGCUGCUGUUGCUGCUGCUGCUGUAACCACGCGCCCUCCUCGGCCACCGCCAGCGACGAUAAUGAACACGAGUGUACCACCGAGCUGGAGCUGUCGCCGUUCAGCACCAUCCGCAGGGAGCUCAGUAACUACACACCUGCAGGCUCCAACUGCUAAACUGACAUUCCUCAUCAGGGAUGGAGAUUUCACUAGCCUGCCAUUCGCCUUUGGCAGACUCGGCUAGGAGAGAUAUGCCUUACCUAGUCACAUUUUUAAAUGGGUGCAUGAAUGAAGUCGGACACUGAAUAAUCACCAGUGUCCUACGUCGUCAACUUUCAUUCCUUACAAUAAUUCUGUACAUUUACAGUAACUGUAUAACCCUAAUUUCCCAGGAAAGCUAACAAAAUUGUCUCUCACUCAUGCCCUGGGGUGCUCUUAAAACAGGGUCAGUACAUAUUUUUAUCAAUCCUGCCUGAAACCUUUAAAACUUACAAACCUCCCUGCUGUAGACCUUGUAUGCCUAAAUAUCUUUGGACAGCUGGGAUGGCCUCUGAACCUGUCUGAUGUCCAGUUCCUCACAAGAGUUUGGAUCAGGUGGAUUCUUUUAGAUUCUGAAGCAGGAAAACAUGUUCCCCCACAGGUCUCAUGAUGUAAGUGGCAGGUAAAGGUAAUAGUAUUUAGACUGUACAAUGUACAUAGGGAAAUAUACAGAAAAAAUCACAAUGUGUUCUGUUAAAAAUGAAUGAAACAGUUUCUGAUAAUAAGUGUAUUCGGCCCCCAUAAAUAAUAUUUAUGUAUGGGAAACUAUCUAAAGGGAGACAUAAUUAAUGCCAAUCACCUUCUAAAUGUGUCACUGUUGAAAUUAUGGGCUAAUUAAUCACAGAGUGCAACCUUGUAUUAUAACUCAAAUACAGCAUCCAGCAAAACAUGUGGGCUGACACUGCCUAUAGAAAUACAUGACUGGAUUUACAGUCAUCAGCUGUAAAUGUACAGUUCGUGUAAUGCUGCACACACGGGAACAAGGCUUACGAUAAUUAAACUAGCGCAGGGCGUCUCUGCAGUGAUGACAGUUUGCCAGAGGAAACCACAGAGGGGAGAGCGGAUUUGAGGAUCCAAAUGUACACAACAACACUUACACUGUAUAUUGAAAAAUAUCCAGGUGACUCAAACACAACUGGGCUGGUCUCAGAGAUACACAACCAAGGACUCAAGUGGAAUUAAAAGGUUCGGAAUGGACUAAUUGAAAUCCAAUUAGAGUUGAAUGGAGCGGAAUGGAAUUGGAUGAACCACUACAGAUUAAAUGGAACGGAGUGAAUAUGAAAAGUGAUGGAACAUAGCAGCGUGGAGUAUAAUUGAAAGGGAUGGACUCAGCGUGGACUGGACUGAUCAUAAAUAUCUGCACUACACUGUUGUAUCAUGUUACGCCUUACACUUUGGGCUGUAUAUAUACUGUACACUUUCUUUGGUGCUCUUAUGAUGAAUGCACUGUAAACAACAAAUCCAUCGGGUCGACUUAGAAUCGCAAGUAAUUGAGCUGCGCACUACCUUUUUGGUCAAGAAGACAGAUUACAGUUGUCUGUGGGUUACAUAAGCAAAAGUGGGGUAAAAGAAAAAUAAAAAAAUCAAUGUGGGAGCUUCACGGAGCUGCCAUGUAGACCUUUUGGAGAGAUCGCCUUAAUCUUUGAGAAGAAAUACUGCCUUUAGUGCCGGUUGUUAAAAAAAGUAAGGUAGCACUUUAUUUCACAGUACAGCAAUUACUCAGUGUUUGGGAAUUAAUGUAUGAAAAGAUAAUUACUAAAGAUGCAAUAAUUAACUAGAAUCCACAUAUUUUUAAAUAUGACAUUGGUACAAAAAUAUAAUUACGGGUGGUUAAUUAUUGUGUAACAUAUUAACAGGGACAGCAAUUAGCAAUCAUUUACUAGGUAAUUACAACACAUUAUUAAAUUAUUCUGACAAAAAAGUGCCAAUACUGCUUAAUAACAGUGUAAAUACAACUGCUGGACUUUAAUUUUCAAAUGUAUAGUAAAUACAAAGUAGCUGUUUCAUGUUUCUAAUUAUCUAUUUACAAUUCCUGAACUGGAAAAUGAAGUGCUACCACUAGUGGGUAACUUAUCUUGAAGGCAAAGCUGAUUGAAAAAACCCUCCCCGAACAGUGAUUGUCCAAUCACAACUUAGCAAUCAUCUGGUGAGGAGGCCAAAGUUGCAUUUACACACGCCUCAGAUUUUCCCAUUUCCUGAGUUGGAAAGACGUUCUUCCAACUUUGGUGUGUUCAUGAACUUUAAGUCUUAAUGUAGAAACAACAUGGACACUACUAAAUGCUUUAAUCUUGUUCAUUCCCUCAAAAUACAAAAAUAGUAUGGCUUUACCUGGUGUGCUAUCAAGGUUAAUGCUAACAAAUAGCUUUUCUAACUAUUCUAGGCCACCCAGCUAACAGCUGGACAGCUAAUGGCUACAACCGAAUACUAUAUUACUAAUUAAA